AAGCAAUUAGUAAAUCACUAAAUCCAGAAGGGGAAAAAAAGAGAGAAAAGAAAUCAGGGGUAAACUUUCUCUCUCUCCCUUGCUUAUUCCUCCCAAAAGAAAAAGACGGUUUCCGUUGGAAGGAAGAAAGAAAGAAAUUGAGUUUGAGAUCUGAUUGUGCGGCGACGAUGGAGAACAACGACAGCAUCAUAUCGCGGGAGAAGAUCGACCAGGCAGCGGUGUGGCUCGGCUCCGCCGUCUCUUCCGCUUUCUUUUCCUCAUUGGAACGCUUUUCCUGCGUCAACGUCGCCACCUCUGACCCCGACAACGACGAUGACGACGACGAUUAUUACUCCACCACCACCGCCACUCCCACCUCCGCAUCCACCACCACCACCACCGCCCUCGCCACCACUCCUCCCUCCGUUCAGGUCAACGGGCAAAAAACAAACGACGACGUCUCCAACCUCCCCGUUUGAGGCAAUAUAACGACGACGACGUCGUUGCUGCGCUGUGUAUAGACCUUUUUCCCUUUUCCUCCUUUCGUGUGUGUGUUAUGUAAGGAUUCUCGAUUUUCGUUGCUUCAUACUUUUGAAGUCGUGAAAAAGAAAAAACAAGAUGUGAUGCAAUUUUAUGCCUGUCUAUUUAAUUAACUAAUUACAUGCUUAUAUAUUUUUAUUAAAUUGUAUUAUUAGUUUAUCU